GGUGGGAGGGGCGCGGCACGGUGUCUGGAGCCGCCGCCGUCCGGGUCCGCCCGCCUGCCCGCUCGCCGGUGCCUCCUGCAGCCCGCCUGCUGGGCAGGGCCGGCCGGCCGGGCCAUGGAGUCCUACGACAUUAUCGCCAACCAGCCCGUGGUCAUCGACAACGGUUCCGGGGUGAUCAAGGCUGGCUUUGCAGGAGACCAGAUUCCCAAAUACUGUUUCCCAAACUAUGUUGGGCGCCCUAAGCACAUGCGAGUGAUGGCUGGAGCCCUGGAGGGAGACCUUUUCAUUGGACCAAAAGCAGAGGAGCACCGGGGGCUGCUGGCCAUCCGCUACCCCAUGGAGCAUGGUGUGGUGCGAGACUGGAAUGACAUGGAGCGCAUCUGGCAGUACGUCUACUCCAAGGAUCAGCUGCAGACUUUCUCGGAGGAGCAUCCUGUUCUCCUAACGGAGGCUCCACUCAACCCGAGUAAGAACCGGGAGAAAGCAGCAGAGGUGUUCUUUGAGACCUUCAACGUGCCAGCCCUGUUCAUCUCCAUGCAGGCGGUGCUCAGCCUGUAUGCGACAGGACGCACGACAGGAGUGGUCUUAGACUCAGGGGACGGGGUCACUCAUGCUGUGCCCAUCUACGAGGGCUUUGCCAUGCCACACUCCAUCAUGCGGGUGGACAUUGCUGGCCGGGAUGUCUCCCGCUAUCUCCGGCUCCUGCUGCGCAAGGAAGGAGUUGACUUUCACACCUCAGCUGAGUUUGAGGUCGUGCGGACCAUCAAAGAGCGAGCCUGUUACCUCUCCAUCAACCCACAGAAGGAUGAGGCUCUGGAGACUGAGAAGGUUCAGUACACCCUGCCAGAUGGCAGCGUGCUCGACGUGGGGCCGGCUCGGUUCCGGGCUCCUGAGCUGCUGUUCCAGCCGGACCUGGUAGGUGAUGAGAGCGAGGGGCUCCACGAGGUGCUGGUCUUUGCCAUCCACAAGUCUGACAUGGACCUCCGCCGGACACUCUUCGCCAACAUUGUGCUCUCGGGUGGCUCCACGCUCUUCAAAGGCUUCGGUGACCGAUUGCUAAGUGAAGUGAAGAAGCUUGCCCCAAAGGAUGUCAAAAUCAAGAUCUCGGCCCCUCAGGAACGGCUGUACUCCACGUGGAUUGGUGGCUCCAUCCUGGCCUCGCUGGAUACCUUUAAGAAGAUGUGGGUAUCCAAAAAGGAGUAUGAAGAGGAUGGCUCCCGUGCUAUUCAUCGUAAAACAUUCUAGUGCCAGAGGAAGAAGUGUAGCGUGUUGGAAGAGCCGUGUUGGAAGAGCCAUGUUGGAAGAGCUUGUUGGAAGAGCGGAAGGAAAGGGGAGUCAGAGCCCUUAACCCUUUCUGGUCUGGGCUCUACAUCCUAGGACUAGGGUCCCCUGCAUGCCCUGAACCCUGGGCAGAUGGGGCAACCAUGCUUCCCUGCAGCCCUGCCCUGCACACAGACACACACACACACACACACACACACACACACACAGUAACAUUUAGCUGCAUGGAUGGAGUCAUGAGCUGGAAUUUAGGAAUCGAGGGGCCCAGCUUUAGAUUGUUCCAGCAGUCCCCCUUGGCAGGGUCUUGCUCUGACCCUUGGGGCUGCUUCCUCGAGCUCCAAGGCCAGAUGCCCAACAGCCCCGUUUCCUUUGACAGGAUCCCUCCCAGAGCCAGAGUGCCUGGAUGCCUGUGUAGCUAGCCUUGAGGCGUGGGGUGGAGGGGUGGCCAGCAGCUCCCCACUGGUGCAGCACUGCUUCCUGUGCCAUACCUAGGCAUCCCUUACCUUGUCACAUUCAGUCUUCCUGUCUUCCUGGGUAGAUGCCUUGGUGUAGGCUGAGGACUGGGCAGUCUUCCAUCCCCAGCAAAGGGUCUGCCCCAGGAUCAGGGCAGAGGAUCAUGGAUUAUUGUAGUUUCCCUUCAAAGCACUUCAUUGACACCACUCCUCAUUUACCUUAGUAUCUUGGGUAGGAAAGGGUUAAUGGUCUUCAUUGGUUGCCACUCCCAGAAGCCACUGGAUCUGGAGUCAGACCUAGAGGGAGUAUGGGGGGCACGUUUCCUUUUCCCACCUGUCCCACGAAGGAGGUUUUCAUUGACUAUGGCCAGGACCCCCACUUCCCUCUCCCAGAAAUGUACAAUAAUUUAACACAGCUGCCUGAAAACUUUUUUUGUAAAUCAUUAUAGUAAUAAUUAUGGACAAGGCCUA